AAAAAAAAAAAAAAACACCCUCAGCCCUGGCCAGCAGAAACUCCAGGGUCAAGGAAGGAAGGUGAUGGAUGGGGUGCCCUCGCGUCUUUGUGACCUAGCGGCUUCGCGCCCAUCCAGGCUGAGCAUCGUGCGGGAGGGGCUGCACCUCUGUGUAGAAGAGAACGGCGACAAUCCUGUUCUGCAUCUGCAAAAUAAGCGCAGCCUCAGUGAGCUGCUGACAUGGCCACGCUAAGUGUGAAGCCCGGACAGAGAUUUACAGUACCAGACUGGCACACCAAUGCCAACCUCAUCUCUACCAAUGCUGAGCGUCAGCGUUCUGCUUCCCAUCAGAUCAGGCAGGAAGCCAGAGUUCUCCGUAAUGAAACCAACAACCAGACGCAUUGGGACGAGCAUGACAACCGAACGCGACUCGCCGAGCGCAUCGACAGCGUGAACCGAUGGAAGGAGACCUUGGACAAAUGCCUCACCGACACAGACACCGAAAUCGAUGCCUUAAUCAAAAUGAAGGAGGCCGCAGAACGUGCGCUGCAGGCCAAGAACUUGCCCUUGGAUGUGGCCAUCGAGUGCUUGACGCUUCGGGAGAGCCGCCGAGCCAUUGACGUGGUGAAGGACCCGGUGGAGGACGAGCUGCACAAGGAGGUGGAGGUGAUCGAUGGAGCCAAGAGAGACCUGCAGCAGAAAGUGAGCGAGGCCUUCGAGCAGCUCUGCCUCUUGCAGGAAGCCCGUCAGCAGCUCAACUUCGAUCACCGGGGUAAAAUGGAAGCCCUGGAGAUAGACCGGGUCUGCUCCUCCCUCAACGUCAACUCACCCAACAUCUCGUUCAAGGUCAAUCCAACCCGGGUCCCAGUCGGAUCGACCACGCCGCAGCAGUGGGACCAGUACAGCCAGUACAACAAGGACCGAGCGGAGGCAGAAAUGAAAGCCUCCACGGAGCUGCGGGAAGCCAUCGCGCUCACCAUUGCCCAGACAAACAACGAGCUGGAAGCUCAGCGAGUGGCCACCGAGUUCGCCUUACGGAAGAGGAUCCGGGAGUUUGAAAAAGCUUAUGACGAGCUGAAGUGGCAGGAGAAGAACACCUUGGAGGAAAUUGCUGAGAUGGAAGAGGAUAUCCGACGCCUGGAGGAAGAUCUCAGGAAGAAGAUGUGGGAUCUGAAACUCGCACACACUCGCCUGGAGACCCGGACGUACCGCCCCAACAUGGAGCUGUGCCGGGAUCAGGUGCAGUAUGGGUUAACUGACGAGGUCCACCAGCUGGAAGGCACCAUCGCUGCCCUGAAGCAGAAACUUGCACAGUCACAGGAUGCCCUAGACGCGCUCUACAAACACCUGUACCGCAUCCAAACUGAUAUGAGCUACAAAGCCAACUCCCUGCUGCUGGACAACAAGUGCAUGGACAGCAGGAGAAAACUCACAGUCCCCGCGGAGAAAUUUGUGCCGGAGAUUGACACCUUCAACCGCACCACUAACCGGACCCUCUCGCCCCUGAAGAGCAGGCAGCUGGAGCUAGCGUAAGCCUCUGGGCAGCAGAGCCGCGCCGAAGAUAAAACUCCUAGUGAGUCAGUUCCGUAGCAAGGGAAGCCGACAUCUGUGUUGUGUUAGAUCAAUGUUAUUCUCCUGCCCCCGAAGUUGUUUUAUAACUGUCUGUCCCCUUGCAGGAUUUUUAUAGCUUCUUGCACUUCAAGGAGCAUUAUAAACAAUAAAGUCUGUCCCCACCAGCA